UAUAUAGUCACAUUCACGACCGAUGUCGCAUAGUCGCAUAUAGAAUAUUCAUAAAUGCUUUAUUACGCCCAAUCGUUUGAUUAAGUAAACAAUGCACGCAGAGGUCAUCGUACUUGUCAACGGAAGCUGCGGGAGGAAAAGAGAACCGUCAGAAAACAAAGCUGUGAUUCCAGAUAUGACGGUACCCACCCACGCUUUUCCAGGAGACAUAAGCGAACGGCAGCUUCGAUAAGCUAUUCAGUGUACGAACACGAAGUUUACGUCGAGCACGCUCGAGCAUAUUGACUUGACCUCGAUUCGGAUCCGCAUUGUCAAUCGGAAAGCAAUUGGUGUCAAAGCCAUUGCAUCCGGUACGAGAAGGUGCGUCGGUGUACGUAGGUGUACGUGGGUGUGCGUCAGUGUACGUGCCAUGUGCACGGCACGCCAGCGUGUGUUCCCUCUCUCUCUCUCUCUCUCUUUCUCUCUUUCUCUCUUUCCCCCCCUCGGCUGCGCGAAAAUUCAAAAAAUACGUACCUCAUUAAUGAUGUCAAGAGAUUAGGCCCCGCUCUUAUCACACCGAUGUAACCGACGAUUACUUCUUGUUACGAACGAGAGUAUCUCGGUACGCAUUCACAACGGUUACGGUGAGGUUCUCUUCGGAUGUCAUUGAUGAUUGUUAGUCGAAGUGACUCGUGGAAUAUAGUAGUCUGUGAGGAUGGGCCAAUCCACAGAAGGCAACAAUGACAAUAACGACAAGCGGACUGAAGGCAACGCACAAUCUAAACAUAAUGAAGGACCCUUGGAGCUUGACAGGCAACAGCAGUCUCUUCUACCAAAGGCAAGUAGCAGUACAGCGAAACAAAUCAGAGAAUACAUUCCAAGGUCUGGGAUGAAAAAAUAUAAUCAUGCUUUGAGCAAUUUGAUACCAGUACGGUAUCAGAAUCAAAAAAAAGAAGAUGCACCAGCAGAUAAUGCUGGAUUAUUUUCUUAUGUAUAUAUAACAUGGAUGACACCGUAUUUAUGGAAAGCGUACAAGAAAGGCCUUACAUUAAAAGACUUACCAAAUAUUUCAGUAUAUGAUACCUGCGAGUAUAAUGCACUCAGACUAGACGUGCUCUGGCAGCAGGAGUUAAGUCAAAAUGGCCCUAAUGCGGCAUCCUUUUCCACAGUUGCAUGGAGAUUUGUACGCACACGAGUUUGUGUAUCAUGCUUUCUACUGACGUGUUCUCUUAUCUUUGGAUUUAUAAGUCCCACGAUAUUAAUGAGGAAAAUACUGGAGCAUGUAGAAUCUCCGGAGGAGAACUUUUGGGAUGGUAUCAAGUGGGUUUUUCUGCUGACGAUGUGCGAUUCCCUGCGAGCUUUCUUUUUCACCUGGACGUGGAAUAUGAACUACAAGACUGGAUUACGAUUAAAGUCGGCUUGCACAGCUCUGUUAUACAAGAAGAUUAUGAGGCUAAAUAGCCUGGGCAAUAAAAGUACAGGAGAAGUAAUCAAUUUAUUUUGCAACGACAGUCAAAGACUUUUUGAUGUGAUCAUUUAUGGGCCGAUGAUUAUCAGUGGGCCGAUAGUUAUAAGUUGCGGUAUAAUUUACAUAUUGUGGUUAUUCAGUCCCAUCGCUCUCAUAGGAAUGAUAGCUUUUCUUUCAUUUUAUCCUUGUCAGUACUUCAUUUCUCGUGCGACCGGUUACUUUCGCUCAAAAUCUGUAAAUAUUACGGACGCUCGGGUGCGACUCAUGAGUGAGAUCCUAGAAUGCAUAAAACUAAUUAAAAUGUAUUCCUGGGAGAAUUAUUUCGGCCAAAAACUUCUCGCCAUACGCAAGAAAGAAGAACAUUGGCUUCAUAAGACUGCAUAUUUUCAAAGCCUUAGUAUUUCUCUAACGCCUGCUAUACCUGUGAUAUCCGCGAUUAUCACGUUCUUAGCACACGUUGCCUCGGGUAGUGGAUUAACGGCCGCACAGGCUUUUCCAAUGACCACAUUAUUUGGAAAUUUACUUAGACUGGCACUCACAUCACUUAAGGAUACCACGCGAUAUUUUAUCAGCGCCCUCAUAGCUCUUAGAAGAUUCAAGGUGUUUCCCUUCGUAUCGGUGCUCAAUGCUCAAAUUCGUACCUCUUUCAUGUUUUUACAAGUGGCCUUAGUUAAUAUCGCCGCAGUAAAGAUAACUUUUGGAAGAAUAAAGAGUGUAUUGCUGUUGGACGAAGAUAGUUGCCAAGCGUCUAAACCAAUUGUGAGAUCCCAAGCGGUUGCCAUUGCUAAUGGUACCUUUGUUUGCGACAGCAUUAAACAUCAAACGGAUGCAUCGAUCGAUAGCAAGAAAAAGAAGAAAUCGCCACUAGCCACAGACAAUCCACUGGAACUGGAGAACCUGAAUCAACCAAUGCAAGAAGCUAAGUACGUUGAGGUUCUUAGCGACGUGCAUUUUGGAGCUCCCAAAGGAAAAUUGGUCGGUAUCUGCGGUCAUGUAGGCAGCGGCAAGUCUAGUUUGUUGCUGGCAGCUCUGGGACAAUUGAAAAUAACGAAAGGACACAUCCUGAGAGAGGGCACUUGUGCUUAUGUCAGCCAACAGGCAUGGAUCAUAAAUGGUACCUUUAAGGAGAAUAUCCUGUUCGGCGAGGAUUUCGAUGCUAAACGUUAUUAUCACACGAUCACAAUUUGCAAUCUGAAGGAGGAUCUUGACAUGCUGCCGGGAGGAGACGACACUGAGAUUGGCGAGAGAGGUGUCAAUCUGUCGGGAGGGCAAAAGCAGAGGAUUGCACUCGCGCGAGCGUAUUAUGCUAAUCGGGACAUUUACUUUCUCGAUGAUCCUUUGAGUGCGGUUGACGCAUAUGUCGGCUCGUAUAUAUUUGAAAAAUUGAUCCUUGAAGCUCUUAGAAACAAAUCUGUUCUUUUCGUGACACAUAAUAUUCAGUUUUUAAAACGUUGUGACGAAAUCUACAUGAUGAAUGGGGGCAAGAUCGUAGAACAUGGAACCCACGAAGAUCUCGUGCGACUCGAUAGAGAAUAUGCCUCAAUGGUGAAGAACAGUACAAUUGCAACAGAAGAUAAUUUAUCAGUUGUUAAAUCUAUGGGAGUGACACAGAGAAAUACUAAUGAUUCAGAAAUGCAAAAUGCGAAAUCUGCGCACAAGGAAAAUUACGGAAAAGAAAAGUACAAAGGAGCAACUUUAACAGUAGCAGAAAAAUCUGAAACUGGUUCCGUCAAGUCGUAUACUUACCACACAUACGUACAGGCUACCGGUGGUUAUUUAGUUGCCAUUCUCGUGUUUUUUACAUUUUUCCUGAACGUAGGUAGUUCAGCAUUCAGUACUUGGUGGCUCGCCAUAUGGAUUAAAGCUGGCGGAGGCAAUGUGACUGUGCCAGAAAGUAACGAUACAAUAUAUUCGGAGAAUAUAAAUGCUAAUCCUGACUUUCCAUUUUAUCGAGAUGUAUACGGUGUCUGCAUCGCCGGUAUACUGUUGACAAGUUUUCUUCGUGGCUUCGCCAUUAUGUUUACCACGAUAAAGGCUUCAACCACAUUACACAACACAUUUUUUUACAAAAUUAUAAGUUCUCCGUUGAGCUUCUUUGAAACUACUCCAAGUGGUAGAAUACAGAACGUUUUCAGUCGAGACAUAGACGAAAUUGAUAAUUACUUACCCAUAUCGAUAGAAAACAUGGUGCAAAAUAUUUUUACUUGUAGUUUUGCUAUUUUCUUUAUCUGCGGCAUAUUGCCCUGGUUUUCUAUACCAUUACUCCUGUUUGGUACAUUGUUUUUCUUUGUUGGUAAAUUAUUUAGGAUAGGGAUGAGAGAUUUAAAGAGAAUGGAGAGUGUUUCACGGUCACCUGUUUUGAGUUUUGUCACAACAACGAUCCAAGGUUUGAGCACAAUUCACGCGUUCCAAAAAGAGAAGAAUUUUUUAUACAGAUUUGAAGAGUUAUUCAAUAUAAAUAACUUAUGUCAGCAUUUGUGCCAAGCCGCGAUGAGAUGGUCCGCGGUGAGGCUGGACAGCUUGGUAAUUGCCUCGUCCUGCAUAACCGCGUUACUCGUGAUCUCGUUCAAGAAUGAAAUAUCGCCGGCUUUUGCCGGUCUGGCUAUGGCAUACGCCACGCAGAUGACUGGCGUCUUUCAAUACACGGUUAGACUGAUGUCCGAAACAGAGGUGCGCUUUAUAAGCGUAGAAAGAAUCAGUUAUUACCUCAAGACUUUGCAGAAGGAAGGCGCAAGCAGGACAGUUGCUCUUAAACCAGCCGAUGAUUGGCCCUCUCAUGGUAAAAUAGAAUUCAAAGCUGUUCAGAUGAGAUACAGAGACGAGUUGCCGCUUAUACUGAUCGAUAUCUCAUUUAGUAUUAAAGCGGGAGAGAAAAUUGGCAUUGUGGGUCGCACAGGAUCUGGCAAAAGCUCCUUGGUUGUAGCUCUAUUCCGAUUAGUCGAGAUUUGCGAGGGUAUUAUUAAGAUCGACGGUAUAGACAUUUCGAAAUUGGAGUUGGAUGUAUUGAGAAGUAAAUUAUCGAUCAUUCCUCAAGAUCCAAUUUUAUUCAGUGGCACCAUAAGAUCUAACUUGGAUCCCUUCCAACGGCAUACUGAUAGCGAUAUUUGGAGUGUCCUUGAAAAAACUCAAAUGAAAGAGAAGGUGUCUCUUAUGCCGGGAAAUCUCGACGCCUCCGUUGGAUUUGGCGGAAAUAAUUUGAGCGUUGGUGAGAGACAGCUUCUUUGUCUCGCAAGAGCCUUAUUACAUAGUACAAAGGUGCUAAUUUUGGAUGAAGCCACAGCCGCCGUUGAUCCAGAAACAGAAGCGACGGUGCAGAACACGCUGCAAAACGAGUUUGUGGAUUGCACUGUACUUACGAUCGCUCACCGAUUGCAAACAGUCAUCACAUGUAAUCGUAUUCUCGUCAUGAGCGAGGGCAAGGUUGUUGAAUUUGAUGCACCUGCCACUCUUCUCUCCAGUCCGGAUUCCGAAUUUUCGAAGCUGAUGGCUGCUGCGGACAAAAACACCGUAAAAUAAUCUCCACAGACAUCUAAAUCACGAGUGCAAUGCAUUUUUAGUCGUAUUUAAUAGUAACUGAUGAAAUUAAUUAUUAAUUCUUGGAGUCACGUGAGUAAAUAAGAGGAACGAAAGAAUAAUAUAUAUUUAAGAAAAACACAUAAUAGUGAUAAGUAAAGAAAUAAACGACUGUACUUUUCUAUUAAUGAAUUACUAAAUUUUUAAUUGAAAAGAUUAAAACUGCAUUAUAUUAUAAGUUCGUAUUCUGUAUAAAUAAAAGAGAAAAAGAAAAUC